AUGUAUGGCACGGCAGCUAUCUUUGCUUUCGCCCUCAUUCGAUCAACCCACCCCACACUCUCCGUCCAGCAAUGCUCUACCGGCGGCAGCUGCACAACACAGUCCAAGUCCGUCAUUCUUGACGCUAACUGGCGCUGGCUCCAUAGCACUAGUGACUACACCAACUGCUACACUGGUAACGAAUGGGAUUCCACCCUUUGUCCUGACGUCGCUACUUGCACUGCCAACUGUGCUUUGGACGGCGCAGACUACUCCGGCACUUACGGUAUCACGACCAGCGGUAACGCGCUCACUUUAAAGUUCGUCACCUAUGGAUCGACUACCAACAUUGGUAGCCGUGUUUACUUGCUCGAUGACGAGAACACGUACCACUUGUUCAACUUGAAAAACCAGGAGUUCACAUUUGACGUCGACAUGGACGCUGACGGCGGUAAAUCGAAGUACGCCGCCAACGCCGCUGGCGCCAAGUAUGGAACGGGCUACUGUGACACUCAGUGUCCCCACGAUAUCAAGUUUAUUAACGGACAGGCCAACAUACUUGACUGGACUCCUUCAGCUACCGACGUCAAUCCCCACGUCUGUGAGGGCAUCACUGGUCAGACCGGGUGCAAGGGCACAGCCUGCGGUGACGGCGACGAGAGGUACGACGGAGUUUGCGACAAAGAUGGCCGCGACUUCAACUCGUGGCGCAUGGGAGAUGAGACUUUCUACGGACCCGGCUUGACCGUCGAUACCAACUCCAAGUUCACCGUCGUCGCGCAAUUCAUUACGUCCGACAACACCACUACCGGAGACCUUGUCGAAAUUCGACGGAUCUAUGUCCAGAACGGCAAGGUCAUCCAGAACUCGGCUGCUGACUUUUCCGGUAUCAGCGCGUAUAACUCCAUCACUGACAAUUUCUGCAACGCGCCGAAGACGCUCUUUGGUGACACCAACUCCUUCGAAGACAGGGCCAUGGGUGAUGCAUUCGAAGCAGGGAUGGUGUUGGUCAUGAGUCUUUGGGACGACCAUGCCGUUGACAUGCUGUGGCUCGACAGUGACUACCCCACUGACCCUGACGCCUCCCAGCCCGGUAUCUCUCGUGGACCCUGCGCCACGGCCUCUGGUGUUCCCUCUACUGUCGAGUCCGAGUACUCCGACUCAUCCGUCGUUUACUCCAACAUCAAGUACGGACCCAUCGGUUCAACAUUCUCGUAA